CAUAAGUGUACGUCGAACGAAUCCCAAGCUCCUAGUCCGGAGAUUCCUACAACUUGUCAUUCAGUAAAUUUGUCAAACAAAGUUGUCAUACGCGUUGGGAAUGUGUCAGUGAGCGAUCGUUUGCCGCUUGGUGUAUAAUAUUUGUAUCGUAAAUGUGGUGCGUUUGUGUGAUCAUGAAAAAACACAUAAUAGAUUACUUAAUUAUAAAGUGAUAAGAGUGUUUUGAGUUUAGUGUCUUGUUAAAAAAGUUAUUUUCUUUUGUAUGUCAUCGGACUCUCAAUAUGGCGGCUCCCCGUCACAAAUCACAACAGAAAAAUAUUUCUUCGAUAUUUUCGAAGUUACAUGGUGCUUUUUCUGAUGCCGUCUGUCCCACUAAGCUGGCGACGGACAAACGGACUCUCGAUAAGACUUGGAAAUUAAUGGACAAAGUGGUUAAAUUAUGUCAACAUCAUAAGAUGAACUUAAAAAAUAGUCCGCCGUUUAUUCUUGAUAUUUUGCCCGAUACAUAUCAGAGGUUGCGUAUAAUAUACUCGAAAUAUGAGGAUAACAUGCAGGAGUUGAAUAAUAAUGAACAUUUUAACAUAUUUAUUAUAAAUUUGAUAAGAAAGUGUAAACAAGCUAUAAAGCUGUUUAAAGACGGUAAAGAAAAGAUGUUUGAUGAGAAUUCGCAUUACAGACGUAACUUGACGAAGCUUAGCUUAGUGUUCAGUCAUAUGUUAAGCGAAUUAAAAGCUAUGUUUCCCAACGGAACGUUCGCGGGCGACCAAUUUCGUAUUACGAAAAGCGAUGCUGCCGAAUUCUGGAGAACUAACUUCGGAAACAGUACAUUGGUGCCGUGGAAACAUUUCCGAGAGGAGUUGAACAACGUGCACCCGAUAUCUUCAGGACUGGAAACGAUGGCGCUUAAAACUACAAUAGAUCUCACUUGUAACGACUUCAUAUCGAACUUUGAGUUUGAUGUCUUUACGAGAUUAUUCCAGCCGUGGAGCACAUUACUUCGUAAUUGGCAAUUAUUGGCCGUCACUCAUCCUGGCUACGUCGCCUUUCUAACAUACGAUGAAGUUAAGGCGAGGCUUCAGAAGUGUAUACAUAAGGCUGGAAGCUAUGUGUUCAGAUUGUCUUGUACGCGUCUCGGUCAGUGGGCUAUCGGCUACGUUACAGUCGAUGGUGAAAUAUUACAGACUAUACCGCAGAACAAGAGUUUAGUGCAGGCGCUAUUGGACGGCUAUAGAGAAGGAUUCUAUCUAUAUCCGAACGGCCGUGAUGUUAAUCCAGAUUUGAGCAGUGCGAUCAUAUCACCCGCCGAAGAUCACAUAACAGUCACACAGGAACAGUACGAGUUGUACUGUGAAAUGGGUAGCACAUUCCAGUUGUGCAAGAUUUGUGCCGAAAACGACAAAGACAUUAGAAUAGAACCUUGUGGACAUUUGUUGUGCACCCCUUGCCUUACAGCGUGGCAGAUAGAUUCCGAAGGUCAGGGCUGUCCGUUCUGUCGAGCUGAGAUCAAGGGAACGGAGCAAGUCGUCGUCGACGCGUUCGUCCCUCCGAGGCCGCCGAACACGACGAGUGAGGCCAAAGUGCCGAAUACGAAGACUGCCGUUAAACCCGUAUCGUCUAAUUCGUCUGGUGGUUCAUCCGGUUCAUCCGGCUCAUCCGGCUGUAAUGGUUCAAGUUCUGAAGUCACAAUAUCGAGUAGCUCGAACGGUUGGUCGUCGAGGAACGCAACGUUUAACGGAUUGACGGACGAUAUUGACGAUUCCGAGGACUGGGCGGAGUUCAACGCGGCCACGUCGACGAUCGACGCGCUGCGGCCCGGCGUGCGCUCGGCCGGCGCGUCGCCGCGACACUCGCCGCGCGCCGCGCGCCGCGCGCCCGCGCCCGCCGAGAACGCGUACGGGGAGCUGCGCGCGCCGCCGCUGCCGCCGCGCAAGAGCCUGUCGCCCGCCGACACCAUCGCCGCCGCUUCCAGCGUGCAGGACCUCGCCUCGGCCUCCGUCGUGGAACCUCGUCGCCGCUCGUCCCUGGAACCUGAACCAGAUUCCAGACAUCGCCUCACCUCCGUCAUCACAGGUUCAACUGAAACUAUCACGGGCCUCAUCGAUACCAGGAAUCACGAGAUACCUCCAGAUCCAAGAGCAUUCGAAAAACCAAGACGAGCUUGCACCCCCCAAUCAAACAGUAGACCUUUACCCGCUCCGCCACCAGAACGACAACCAUUAGACAGAACACCAUCGGACCCUAAACCGGAAAAAUCCACUGACAACCGACCCGAACGACACAUAACGGAUCGGCCAGAACGAUCCGCUCCGGACAGAUUAGCCGACACCAGACACCAGAACGACCGACUCGCAGACAAGGAGAGACACGACAGAUCAUCAGAAUGGUUAGAAAAUAGAAGCGUUUCAGAUAAUAGAACGGAUAGAUCUAAUUCAGAGAACAGAAUCAUGGACAGGCACACGGAGAGAUAUAUGCAAGAAAGACACAUAGACUUCCGAAAUCCACCAGAAAGACCAGAUAAACCAGAUAGACAAAAUGGUCGAUCGAGUUUCGACCGAGAUACGAGAGUGGAAAAUAGAGCGCCGCCAAGACAAAGAUCUUUACCGUCAACUACUAGCGGAAGCUUGGACAAUCAGCCGACGAAAUCGACGACAAUGCCGAAAUUUCCUUCUGAAGAGAUCAAGGACCCGCCUUACGAAAAUGUUGCGGUGGAGAAAAAUGAAUUAGCGGUUGCACCCAAAAAAAUCAAUCCUCUGACCCACGACAAGCACGGCAGGAAGUACGGUGAUAAUGUGUCGUAUGAAAAUAUAAAUUUAGACUACAUUGCUCGUUUAGUUGGGGAGGGUUAUCCAAAAGACAUUGUAGUGAGAGCAUUGGGUAUCACGCGGAAUGAUCUAGAAAUGGCUUGCGAUAUAUUGCACGAAUUCGGGUCUAAAAUACAGCAUAAGUGUUAAAAAAUUGUUUUAAAUUUAGCGGCACUAAUUUUUGACAUUUUUUAGUCUGUGGUUUUAAAAUGGCUAUGCAGAUUUUUAAUAUGGUAAUCUUUUGGUGUUGCACGCUUUGAUUUUUCUCAAUUACUUGUUUUUUUAUUAAAAUUAUUCCGUGAUAAAUAUUAGGUCUAAAUUUUAAAUCUAAUUAAAUAGAAAGUUUCAUAAAUUUUAUAGAAUUAUUAAAUAAGUAAGCGACGACGUGGUUAUAUGGCGGUUUAGCGUGUUGAAUCUAUUAGCGUUUUCGUCUAUGAAUUUAAAAAAAGAAUAUAUUGUACAUAAACGCGUUUUAAAUUUUUCAAAUGUUACGGGCUGGUUAGGCAAAUUGUAAAAAAUGCCAGAUUCGCAUAUGGCAACACUAGAUAUAAUGCACAAAUGAUCGAUACAACCGAUAGUAUUAUAGAUUUAAAAAAUACUUUUAGCUUAAAAUAUACUUUAAAAUGUUGUAUUUAUUUGCGGUUUAAAUAGUUUAAAUACAUUAUAAUUUUUUCCAGUGUUUCUCUAAUCAGUAUUCAAUUCUCGCUAUAUUUUUUAACAAUACUAGCUUUGUAUAUAAACAUAUAAUUCUAUAUUUUCGUAUAAAAACGCUGUCUUAAAAAAAAUACUUAAAAAUUGCAUAAAUAUAUAUAUAUUCAUAAUUAAAAUAUGUAAUUCGACACUUCGACUUAUGAUAUUCGCAAUAAUUUAGAAUCGAUUUUAAAUAUUGUUUAAGUAAAUAUAAUACUUACACGACUUCAACCAUUCGGUUCACAGACGGACAAAAGUAAAUUUAUUUACCGAUGAGCUUAAAUCACGAAAUAUAAACACGACAAUCAUUUUUUAUAUUCGAUCUUCUUGAUAUUUUUCUAAAUGAAAUAAUAAUAAUAUUGUUAUUGAUAAAAAAAUUCAAUACAAAAUCGAAUCGUUCGUUUUAAUCGAUUGUGAAUGAUGAAUGAAUUGACUGAAACUUAGGUUAAAAUACGACUAGUCUUAAUCUUGCUAUGAUUCUUUUUAAGUCUUAUAAUAUUACAAUAGUAAUAUCUAUAGAAUUGUAGUUAUUGUCCACGAGCCUCUAGCAUAUGAGUACAUAUCCACCAAUCAACUAGUCAAACUAACGGACAAAAGUCCACAUACAUAAUAACCUGUAGGCCUAAUCGAGAUGCAAACUUCUCAGGUAUUUUGUCCUUUUCGCACCUGUAGUUGUAUCGAAUCUCUAAGGUUUGUUGUCAAUGUCAUACUUGAUGUUACUACGGUGUAAGAGAAGGACAGAGUACUUUUAUCUAAAAUUGUAACAAUGCGUUUGUCUUUGAUAGGUUGGUUUUUAACUUUUUUUUUGUCAAAACCUCUUUAUAAAUAGCAAUAUUUACGUCAAAAGUAAAAUUAAAUGUAAGGAAAAAUAACUAAUUAUUAGUAAGCAUUGACAUAGAGAAUGGAUUGAAGAAUAGCAUCAAAAAAUUGACCAUUGUUUAUAUAGAGACGAAGCGAUUGAGCGGCCGAUACCUGUCUUCCUUCCUUGUUCAUAAUCGUUCCGUCUCUGUCACACUUAUCCGCCCAUAUUUACUUGACAGGGAACUCUUAGUCCAUUCUCUAUGUCUUUUAAAUGGAUAACCAACUUAAAAUGCUACAAAUUUAUCUGGACAGGUAAACUAACGACGCCAUUUUGUCAAACGCAAUAUUAUAUAAUGAUCAGAUUUUUUUUAUCUAACCAUUUUUCAAUAUCAGCAAAGGUCAGGACUCCUCAGAGUCAUUAUAAAUAAUUGCAAAAAUUGUUCGAAAUUAUUUUACCCUAAUUAGCGUAAAAAUAAUAAUGGCAACACUGAAAUCGAUGACAUUGACAGUCGCCGGGCCAGAUAAAUUUGUUUCUUCAUUGAAUUGUACACAGUGGGCUCAUAACUAAUUGUAAAGAACUAUUACUGCGAUAUUUCAUAUGCCUUUUGAGAUAAUUUCUUACAUCAUGUACAGAACUUCAGAGUAAGUGUUUUGCUUCGGCUAACAUCAUGUUUAAGAAUGACCCAUCGCAUCUGUUACAAACUGUCAUAACGAUUUUCAUAAUUAAAUUUGAAAAAGUUAGAGAAAUUGAAUGAAUUACAUCGUCUCUAUAUGAUCCAAAAUCUUAGUUCUAAUGUUUCAUAGAUUUGCCGUCUCGCUCGCACGGCUUGAAACUAUUGUUGUUUUUAAAAACAUUGACACUUAUUAGUUAGUAAUAGAGUUUAAAUUGAAAAUGUUUUAGGACCAAAUUACUUUAGACAAACGUUCUUUAGAUUAAAAUACGAAUGUUUCCGAUGUUUGCCGAUGCACGAUAAUCAUUCUGAAGUAUUAUAACAAUUCGUUUCAAUUAAAUUAGUUUAAAAAUUGACAGUGUAACAAAAACACUAAUUACUAUUUUACAAAUAAACAAAUAUUAAAACAUGCACUAGUAUACGUGACAGAAGUAAAAUCUCGUUCUGAUCCGUUGCGAAUAAACGUGACAUAGAAUCGUUGCAUUGAAAUCUCGCUCAAAGAAAUUUCACUAAUUUAAAUUGCGAUAUUUUUUAAUAAUUGUUUCUUUGUUGAUAUUCUGUAUAAAAUAUAUAGAAAAGUAAUCGUAGGUACGUACAAUAUAAUAUUCUAAACGUAACUUUAAAAGUGAUAACGCAUUAUGAUAACCAGAAUAACGAUAAAUUUAACGCGAUUUUUUCAUAAUUUUUCCGCGUGAUUUGAAUUUAAAUUUGACGUCGAAAGUUUGUAAAUUUAACUCUCUGAAGUUUUUAUUAUUAUAAUAAUUAUUGUAAUUUUUAUACUACAUUAAUAGCACUAAUACUUGAUAUAUACUGAUUAAUUUAAAAAAUAAACCUAUUCCAUAUAUUAUUUUUCAUAUUUUAUGACGUUUAUUUUUUAUUAUCUGUAGUCAUAUUUUUUUAAUUGUCAUAAAAGGCGUUAUUUAUAAUGAAUAGCAUUAUUUAUUUGCUUAUUUAAAUAUAUCGAAAUAUAAAUCCCUUUAGGUCAAAUUAAUAAAAACCUACCGUUUAUUUUAAACAGUUAUUUUUAUCAUAUCUCGUUUAAAUUUUUUAAUUGGCAACAUUGUGAUUAUUACGGUACCAAUUUGAAAAGUGCCCGUGAUUGUAUGAAUGAACUAUUAAAUUUAGUAUCAUAUCAUUCGACAAUAUUUACACGUUUAUCAUGCACUUUUACUAAUGUUAGUUGUUGAUUACAAUUCUAAUGGCGGUUUCGAAAAGUAUAACUCUGAUGGAUUUCCACUGGAUAUUUUAUUUUAAAUAUAGCUGAAUUUAAAUUUAUUAUUUUAAUAAUUUAAAUAUUAGCGCCCUUUUAACAUUGUUAAGCGAGUGAUUAGUAAACAAAUAUUGUGUCUUUUUCUUCCGAGUGUUAAACCAAUAAUGAAAGAAAGAGAGAAAUCAGUGUUUAACUAAACAUUCGCUAAAGUUUUAAAUAUUUUAUCUCCUUAAAAUUGUUUAAAUAAAUUAAAUCAUUUAUGUUCUACGUGAAAUAUAUUUUUCUAUAUCGCAGCAACUCUAGUGGAAAUUUAUCAAUAACAUGAAGAUGGCAACAUUUUAUUUUUAUUUUUUUAAUCUUUAUUUAUGGUGGAUUUGUAUAAAUUGAAAACGACGAAGAUCUUUUGUAAUAUACUUAUUUUAAUAUUUCAUUGAGAUUUUUUCCUUGCAAUAUAAAAAACAAUUUUAUUUGUUUCGGCUUAAAGGAAAUGUAUGUUUUGGUGAGGCUAGGUAUUGUUUACGCUUUCAUCAAGGUAUGUUUCCAAAUAUAUUUAAGCAAAAUUA